AAAUGGCGGCUCGAAUCGUCUCGCUCUCAAACGCGCGGGCGCGCCACUUGUAGUUGUUGUUCGCGUCUCCUCUCGUGCGGCACCGUGAGUAGUGAUUCGUCCGUGCGGGCGCGGGAAGGGGAGGGGAGGGAGGGGAUGGCGACGGCGGCGGGCGCGUACUCGGCGAGCCUGCCGGCGGUGCCGGAGUGGCUGAACAAGGGGGACAACGCGUGGCAGCUGACGGCAGCGACGCUGGUGGGGAUCCAGUCCAUGCCGGGGCUGGUGGUGCUGUACGGCAGCAUCGUGAAGAAGAAGUGGGCGGUGAACUCGGCGUUCAUGGCGCUGUACGCCUACGCGUCGUCGCUGCUGGUGUGGGUGCUGGUCGGGUUCCGCAUGGCGUUCGGCGACCAGCUGCUGCCGUUCUGGGGGAAGGCCGGGGUGGCGCUGACCCAGAGCUACCUCGUCGGCCAGGCCACGCUGCCGGCCACCGCGCACGGCACCAUCCCGCGCACCGAGCCCCUCUACCCGGAGGCGACGCUGGUGCUGUUCCAGUUCGAGUUCGCCGCCAUCACGCUGGUGCUCCUCGCCGGCUCCGUCCUCGGCCGCAUGAACAUCAAGGCCUGGAUGGCCUUCACCCCGCUCUGGCUCCUCCUCUCCUACACCGUCGGCGCCUUCAGCCUCUGGGGCGGCGGCUUCCUCUACCGCUGGGGCGUCAUCGACUACUCCGGCGGCUACGUCAUCCACCUCUCCUCCGGCAUCGCCGGCUUCACCGCCGCCUACUGGGUGGGGCCAAGGCUGAAGAGCGACCGUGAGCGAUUCUCGCCGAACAACAUCCUGCUGAUGAUCGCCGGCGGCGGGCUGCUGUGGAUGGGGUGGGCCGGGUUCAACGGCGGGGCGCCGUACGCCGCCAACAUCGCGGCGUCGGUGGCCGUGCUCAACACCAACGUCUGCGCCGCCACCAGCCUCCUCAUGUGGACCUGCCUCGACGUCAUCUUCUUCCGCAAGCCGUCCGUUAUCGGCGCUGUGCAGGGCAUGAUGACCGGCCUCGUCUGCAUCACCCCUGGCGCAGGGCUGGUGCAAACCUGGGCAGCCGUCGUCAUGGGCGUGUUCGCCGGCAGCGUGCCGUGGUUCACCAUGAUGAUCCUGCACAAGAAGUCGGAGCUGCUGAUGAAGGUGGACGACACGCUCGCCGUGUUCCACACCCACGCCGUGGCGGGGCUCCUCGGCGGCAUCCUGACGGGCCUCCUGGCCACCCCGGAGCUCUUCUCCCUCGAGUCCUCGGUGCAGGGCCUCCGCGGCACGUUCUACGGCGGCGGCAUCGGGCAGAUCGGCAAGCAGCUGGGCGGCGCGGCGUUCGUCAUCGCGUGGAACCUCGUGGUCACCACGGCCAUCCUGCUCGGCAUCGGCGUGUUCAUCCCGCUGCGGAUGCCCGACGAGCAGCUCAUGAUCGGCGACGACGCGGCGCACGGCGAGGAGGCCUACGCGCUGUGGGGCGACGGCGAGAAGUUCGACGCGACGCGGCACGACCUCUCGAGGGGCGGCGCCGGGGAGAGGGACGGCCCCGCCGGCGAGCGGCUCGCCGGCCUAGGGGCCAGGGGCGUCACCAUCCAGCUCUAGGCAACGUUGCCAUGUUUGGACGUGUUGGGUGUUGUAGGAGUAGUGUCAUACUUUGGUUGACCCCAAAGGUGCCAUCUUUGAGAGCCCGUGAGAGACCACUGUAGUAUACUAAUACAUGGAUGCUGUAAUGGUGUGAUCCGAUCGAGAUCGAGUUCGUUUUUCCAACACAGAUAAAGGCCGACGUGCCCAUUUUCGAUCGAAUCUGCCAGGCCGUGCUUGCUGCGUGCAACCAUUCUUUGA